AUGAUGCAAAACCUUCCCUUCGAGCCUGAGUUCGAGCAGGCCUACAAGGAGCUCGCCUCCACUCUCGAGAACUCCACUCUUUUCCAGAAGAAGCCCGAGUACCGCAAGGCUCUUCAGGUCGUCUCUGUCCCCGAGCGUGUUAUUCAGUUCCGUGUUGUCUGGGAAGAUGACAAAGGCCAGGUCCAAAUCAACCGUGGAUACCGUGUCCAGUUCAACUCCGCUCUUGGCCCCUACAAGGGUGGCCUCCGGUUCCACCCCACGGUGAACCUUUCCAUCCUCAAGUUCCUCGGUUUCGAGCAGAUCUUCAAGAAUGCCCUCACCGGCCUGAACAUGGGCGGUGGUAAGGGUGGAUCCGACUUCGACCCCAAGGGCAAGACCGACAACGAGAUCCGCCGCUUCUGUGUCUCCUUCAUGACCGAGCUGUGCAAGCACAUCGGUGCCGACACCGACGUUCCCGCCGGUGAUAUCGGUGUGACCGGCCGCGAGGUUGGUUUCAUGUUCGGCCAGUACAAGAAGAUCCGCAACCAGUGGGAGGGUGUUCUCACCGGUAAGGGUGGCAGCUGGGGUGGUUCCCUCAUCCGCCCCGAGGCCACCGGCUACGGUGUCGUCUACUACGUCGAGCACAUGAUCCAGCACGCCUCUGGCGGCAAGGAAUCCUUCGCUGGUAAGCGCGUCGCCAUCUCCGGUUCCGGAAACGUCGCCCAGUACGCCGCUCUCAAGGUCAUCGAGCUCGGUGGCUCCGUCAUCUCCCUCUCCGACUCCCAGGGUGCUCUCGUCCUGAAGGGCGAGGAGGGCUCCUUCACCGCCGAGGAGAUCAACACCAUUGCCGAGAUCAAGGUCCAGCGCAAGCAGAUUGCCGAGCUCGCCACCCAGGACGCCUUCAGCUCCAAGUUCAAGUACAUCCCCGGUGCCCGCCCCUGGACCAACAUCGCCGGCCGCAUCGAUGUCGCUCUCCCCUCCGCCACCCAGAACGAGGAGGCUAUCGAUGUCUUCGAGGCCCACCGUGAUGCCAACCCCGGUGCUGCUGCCAUCUGGUACGCCCCUGGUAAGGCCGCCAACGCUGGUGGUGUUGCCGUGUCUGGUCUCGAGAUGGCCCAGAACUCUGCCCGUGUCAACUGGUCCCGUGAGGAGGUUGACUCCCGCCUUAAGAAGAUUAUGGAGGACUGCUUCAACAACGGUCUCGCUACUGCUAAGGAGUAUGUCACCCCUGCCGAGGGUGUUCUUCCUUCCCUCGUGGCUGGCUCCAACAUUGCUGGUUUCACCAAGGUCGCUGAGGCCAUGAAGGAGCACGGUGACUGGUGGUAA